AUGUUCUCCAGACCUAUUCACGAUAAACACGUAUUUGAAGACUCUCAUCAAUACACAUAUACAGAUGAGUGCUAUCUUUGUGACAAAGUGGUUUCUUUGGAGGAGUCGGAUGCAUUUUACUGUCAAGGAUGUAGAUUCAAUUUUCACAAGAAUUGUCUCACAGUAAAUUAUCCAAAGUGCCAUGAGCAUACACUAACCUACAUUCGUGGAGCGAUCCCCUUCCCUUGUGACGUUUGUGGGUCGAAAGAGUAUCCCGCUCAAAUGUACGGAUGUUUACAGUGCGAUUUCUUUGUACAUAGACAUUGUAUAUACCUACCAAAGGUUAUAAAGAUCACACGUCACUCGCAUCGUCUCGGUCUCGCUCACCGUCUUCUUCGCAUCUCUGAUGGCGACAACCACAACGUUUGUGGAAUUUGUCGGAGACGAGUUCAUGUUAGGUAUGGAGGAUAUUCUUGUAUUGACAAUACAUGCAAUUAUGUUGUGCAUUCUGAUUGUAUAAUGCGCUUCAAUGUGUGGGAUGGCAAAGAUGUUGAAGGAGAGCCUGAAGAAGAAGAGGUUGAUGAUCUUACGCCGUUGUUGGUGAAGGAUAUAGAUGGCGAAUCAAUAUGGCGCCAUUUUAGCCAUGACCAUGACCUAUUCAGAGUACUCGAAGAUCAAGACAGUGAGGAGUUAUGUCAAGCGUGUAUUCUUCCCACUAAAACCGGUACGUUCUUGCGUUGUAAGCAAUGCGAUGACUUUGCUCUCCACGAAACGUGUGCGAGUCUUCCUCGUAAGAUGUCACACGGGUUACAUCUCCAUCCCCUAACUCUACAUCUCGAACCGAUCUACACCUUUCCCGGAUUCUUCACUUGUUCUGUGUGCAACCAAUACUCUUCUGGACUCAUGUCGUACAAAUGUAGCCAUAAAGAUUGUGGAUUUAUAAUGGAUGUGAAGUGUGCUUCUUUUGUCGAGCCAUUCAACCAUACUGCUCUCCCACAUGAUCCAUUCUAUCUGGGAAUAAAUUUAAGCAGCGGAUUCAUUAGUUACCUCUGUGACGGUUGUAGGCAAUUUGCAACGGUCACAGCAAGAUGUGUCGAAAAAGUUACAUACUUUGACUUUAAAUGCGUGAAUUUACCAGAAGUGAUGAAAUACAAGUCUGACGAUCAUCCACUCACCUUAUACUAUGAUGAAAAUCAUGACUUUGAGUGGUGUGAGAUAUGUGAAGAAAUUAUAGAGAAAGGACUAAUUUUCUACACCUGCCACGAAUGCACCACCACUCUACAUGUUGACUGCUUCUUAGGGAAAUACCCUUAUUUGAAAUGUGGCCAUAGGAUCAAAGUGAAUGGUUUCGAGGUUGAGAUUGCUUCAAACAAUGGUGCUUCUCGCCCCACUUGUCAAACAUGUCACCGUAUUUGCCAAGACAAACAGGUUUUCAAUGGAAAAGAUGAACUAUGCUUCUGUUCUAUCAAAUGUAUUCCUUUCCAAGCUUCUUCUUAG